CAGGCAGAGAGGAGCAGAGAGCACAGGAGAAGCGCGCGCAUCGAUUCAGAAGCUGAGCGCGGGGUAUACCUACGUAUUUACGCGCGGGGUAUUAUUUCAUUCCGGUAUUUACACGAGUAUUAUACCGAAAGAGGAGGAGUCGAUAAUGGCGCCGGCGGAGAUGGCAGCGACGACGGCGACGAGCAGGGUGGAGGCGGCGGGGCGGAUGCCGUCCAUCGAGUGGGAGCCCAAGACGCUGACGCUCGACCAGAUCAAGUUCGCCAGGGAGGCGGCGCUGUACGUGGUGAGCACCAAGACGGAGGAGGAGGCGAUCCGGAUCUUCACCGAGGGGCUCAAGCCCGUACAGGUGGCCGUCAGCAAGUCCAACUCCUUCGACUCCUCGUCCGACGACGACGUCGAGCUCGGCUGCUACGACGCCAAAAGCCGCGGCGGCAGCAAAGGUGGUAGCCGCCGCCGGCGUUCCAUCGACAAGGACUUCGCUACGGCGCCCUUCUAGUUCUUAUAGUAGAAAUAGUAGUACACGACGCUGCGUGCGUAGUUCUUCUUCUUCUUCUUCUUCUUCUUCUCCUCCUCCUGUUUUCUUUUGGCUGCUGGCUUGGUUUGUCGUUGUUUAGAGGAGCCGGCGUUUAGCAUCAACCAGCUGGUUAGCGCGGCAAAUUUUGGAGGCGCAAGGCUUUAAUUAGCUAAAAGAGAUGUGAAGAGCUAGCGUUCGUGUAAAUAUCAAAAGCUAGAACUUCAUAAUCACUGGUCCUUCUGUUUCA